AUGAAGAACAAAAGAUCGAGUAAGCGAAAGUUAAACGCUUCAACUCACCCUGAUCGAAAGGUCGAACCCAAGAAAUACAAGGAGACGGAGGAGACUAAUACUCGUCGUCAAGCACGCCGCACCUACGAAGACUAUCAUGGCUACAACGACACGUCUGCGGGAAUGAGUCCUGAUAGGUAUCGUCCGCGCAAGUCCUCCUCCGGCUCCUGGCGACAGCCUCGGUUGCUCGACCAGUACGCAACGGACAAUUAUCACCGAAGCUCAGACAGAGUUAGCUACGAGAAAGACUAUCGAUAUGAUCAUCCCCAUGACCAUCGACAUGACCAUCGACAUGACCAUCGACAUGACCAUCGAUAUGACUAUCAACAUGACUAUCGACAUGACCAGCAGGGUGAGAACAAGCGAGAUCGCUACCGAGGGCGCAACCACUUCCAAGAUAAUACCCUUUCAGCGCAUGACACCGAUUCUCCUGAGACUCCCAUGCUUAGACCUGCUCGUACCCCUCUAAGUAAUGAAAAUCCACAAGCCAAUAAGAACACGGGUGGUUCUGCUGAGCCUCAUCCUAGCUCAUCCGUGGAGUGUUCUACCACCCUAUCCACAGUGGGACCCAUUAAGACUAUUCCGGACACCAAGGCCAACAAAGAGACAGAGACCGCAUCGCAGGGCAUUAACAUCAAAAGUGCUGAGGCUACUGAUUCAAAAGGCCACCAAGCCACAACGACGGUCGCAGAUCGGAAGGAGAGCUCUGACUUCAGCAGGUUUGGAGUUCUUCAAACCAUCCGGUUCGAAUGGAACAAUUACACCAUCGGCGGUAGAUAUGCUAUCUUAGAGUUUGACGACCUUGAUCGUGCAGAGGAGGCAUUGAAAUGGAUGCAAGGCUGGGAGAUUAACCUCUUUCGGUUGAAGUUGACUCUCUACAAGCACCCUGAGCAAGAAACUUCGAUGCUCUCCCAAAUUGCAAAGAAUAUGACAAACAAAGAGAUUGCAAAGUUGUGGAAUGACCAGUUCAAUGGUCUUGAAAAGCUUGCUUAUCUAUUCAACCAGCGAAACAUGGGCAAUCGCCAUGCUAAGUUCCAAGAACGGGCUCUGAGACUGGCUGAUGAGUAUCCCAACCAUCGACCAAUCUCAAGCAUCGCGCGGAAGUACGAUGAAGCUUUCACGCACCUUUUCCAGAUGAUUGGCCAUAUCGAGGAGAGACGGCUGAGCUUUCCGGAGUGGACAGACAUGAAGUGGCAUCCGAGCGACAGCCGUGAUAAAGUCAGCGAGCGCUGUUGCAUUCGAGAUUCAAUUGGGGGAUUGGAUGAGUGCUUCAAGGACCUUGACUAUCUCGAUACCGUAUUCCGUGAAAUAAUCGACUGUACCGCGAACAGAGAGGGUGAUAUUGUCUUCGAAACCCGUCACGUUCUCAACGAUCUAACGCAUUAUGGCAAUGGAAUGCUUCGUGAUGUUUUCAAUUAUCAAGGACUGCACCGGUUUAUGAAUGCAGGCAUCGAUGAGGUGAAACGAUAUGCUAAGGAGAUGCAGGAGGCUUCAAACAAACGUAUCAACACCGCGAAGAGAAGAGCAAAGGCUGGUACAUUAUCAUUCAAGAACAACGAUGGUGUUGGCAUUGGUGUUUGGAUUGGUGAAGGGCCAUUGGAGGGAAUACUGAUGAUACCGAGGAAGGAGAAAUUUCUGAUGACGACGACGCAUGAAAAUUGCCUCUAG